CAAAAGCAUUUUAAAUAAAAAUUGAUUAAAAAUAUAUUUUCUUUCUUACCAUUUGGCGAGUAGCAGAUAUUGACACAAACUUAUAUAAGUGGUUUCACUAAUGGAAUCCGUUUAAUGGGUAAAGCAGGAACAAAGUCGAGCUAGUAGUCGACUGAAACUUCCAAAUAUUUAAUUCAGACUUUUCUGGACCUAUUAAGAACCAAAUUAAGACAGUAUAAUUCUGAAGGAUGAUUCUUUCUGCUCUUUUGGUUUCUGUUGGAAUAAAUUUCGGUUUAUGUGUUAUAUACAUCUGUCUAUUCUCCAUAUUGAGAAAGCUUCCAGUUCAUGCUGAUGUUUAUGCACCACGGAUAGUUGCUGAAACAAAAAAUGAUUCCACCUUGGAAAGGUUACUGCCUUCUUCCAGUUGGGUGAGGAUGGCAUGGCUUCCCACAGAAGAUCAACUCCUCAUGCGUUCGGGUUUAGAUGGUUUUGUCUUUAUGCGCAUUUAUGUCUUCAGUUUGAAGGUAUUCACUUUUGCUGCGGUAGUUGGCCUAUGUAUUCUUCUACCAAUCAAUUAUAUGGGAAGUCAGAUAUAUAUUGAUUUUUUCGACUUUACAAACGAGUCCCUCGAAUCAUUCAGUAUUUCAAAUGUCAAUGAUGGAUCCAAAAGGUUAUGGAUUCACUUUGGUGCGGUGUAUGCCUUCACUGCAUUUGUUUGCUAUCUUCUUUAUGUUGAGUUUGGUUAUAUCGCUUCGAAAAGGCUUGCAUUCUACUCCUCAUCUGAGCCUAAGCCCAAUGAAUUUACUGUAUUGGUUCGAGGUAUUCCAAAGUCACCUACAGACACCUUAAGUGAAACUGUUGAGAAAUUUUUCUCAGAGUGUUAUCCGACAUUAUAUCUAUCACAUUAUAUGAUCUAUAACACUUCAAAGAUUUGGAAGCUAAUUGAUGAUGCUGAAAAGACAUAUAGAAAGCUUGUCAGUUUGAAGUCCACAAAGCAAAGUUCUCAAAGGUAUGGUCGUGUUGGAUGUUUCGGGCUUUUGGGGCCGAAAGUUGAUCUCGUGGAGUAUUAUGAGAAUAAGUUAGAAGUUCUAGAAGAUAAAGUAAGAAAGCAACAAUCACUGCUUAAUGGAAAGGAACUUCGUGCUGCAUUUGUAUCAUUCAAGUCACGGAUUGGAGCUGCAAUAACUUUAAACAUCCAACAAGGACAAAAUCCUACCGAGUGGCUUACUGACCCGGCCCCAGAGGACCGAGACAUAUAUUGGGCCUUCUUUUCUACAUCUUUUUUAACCAAGUGGAUUGGGAAUGUUGUGGUGGUUCUUGCAUGUACGGCUCUUACAAUUUUGUUCUUCAUACCCGUUAUCAUAGUGCAAGGUCUCACAAAUCUAUACACAUUGGAGAUUUUGUUCCCUUUUCUAAAAGGCAUAUUGAAUAUAAAUGUCGUAAGCCAGGUCAUCACCGGAUAUCUUCCCAGUCUGAUUCUCAAGACGUUUUUAAAAAUUGCGCCACCUGUCAUGAAAUUUUUAUCCUCAAUUCAAAGCUAUGUUUCACACAGUCAGAUAGAGAGAAGUGCGUGUAUAAAAGUGCUAUGGUUUAUCAUAUGGAACGUAUUCUUUGCAAACGCUUUAUCAGGAUCUAUUUUGUAUCGCCUCAAUGUCUUUCUCAACCCUAAGCAAAUACCAAGUAUAUUAGCUGCUGCUGUUCCAGGACAGGCGUCAUUCUUUAUAUCAUACGUUGUGACAUCUGGCUGGACAAAUACAGCUUCAGAACUUUUACGCUUGACACCCCUCAUUUUCAGUUACAUAAAAAGAAUUUUUGCCACUGAAAGUGAUGAAGAAUUUGAAGUGCCUUCACUCUCUUACGCCAGAGAGAUCCCAAACAUUCUCUUAUUUGGACUUCUUGGCAUUACAUACUUUUUCCAAUCACCUUUAAUUCUGCCCUUUCUACUGGUUUACUUCUGUAUGGGAUACUUAGUUUAUCGUCACCAGUUGUUGUAUGUUUAUUCGCCGAAAUUUGAAACUGGUGGACAGUUUUGGCCAAUUGUGCACCAUUGUACAGUUUUUUCAUUGAUAUUAAUGCAAUUGAUUGCUAUUGGGAUAUUUGGUCUGAAGCAACUUUCUUUAGCUUCCACUUUGACUAUUCCACUUCCAAUCAUCACUCUUCUCUUCAAUAGCUACUGCCAAAAGCGAUUCUCACCACUUUUCAAAGGCUAUCCUGUUGAGUUGAUGACAAAGAAAGACAAACGUGACGAAAAUGACCCUACAAUAUCUGAAUUUCGUGAGAAUCUAAUCACUGCAUAUCAAGAUCCAGCUUUGAAGCCGAUUAAAUUUUCUAGUACAACAGACAGCCGCAAUGCCCCACUUCUUGCUUUUGAGACAUGAGUCUGGUAAAACCUUAAUGCUGGUAUUUCAAAAAGUGGGUGGUUUAUGAUAACAAUCAAUACUAACUGCACCUGGUGACUUUGUACAAAUCCAAAGUGAUAAAGUUGCAUUGACUUGUACCUUGUGCAGUGAAAGUUAUGCCUUGCAUUGGAUAGAGUUUAAAGGGAAGUCUUAGCUUCAGGAUUGUUUGGUCUUAGUAGAUACUUGUCAGCGAUGAUUUAGUUCAUGUGAUUGUAUGUUGUAUUAUGUUCUUGGCAUGUUUGAUAUUAGCUUGUAUGUCCCCGUUGUUAUGUUGAAG